AUGCCCAACACUAUGGAAUUGUGUUACGGAACCAGAUCAUUCCCUCAAUCAAUCGAUCUCCCCGGUGCCUGGCACGGUACUCAGUUCUCUGACGAGUCAGACUACGUAUACCAUCUCAGCUCCCAGGAAGUCGAAGAGAUCGAAAGUGCGCUUUCGCACUUCAAAGCCCUCGGCCUGGACGGAGACUUGAUCUGCCGACAGAACUUCCCACUUCCGACAGUCGGCAAGACCCUCGAUCGCAUACGACUAGAUAUCCAUGAGGGGAAGGGUUUCGGUCUGGUCCGAGGUUUAAACCCUUUAGACUACUCCGCUGAGGAUUUGACGAUGGUAUACCUGGGAAUUCAGUCGUACAUCGCCAACCUUCGAGGUCGACAAGAUAAGACGGGCAACAUGUUGGGUAAGUUCGGUUUGACUGAAGUUCACAUCCUGGCCGACAACUCUUCUAAUGUUUCUAGUCAGCAUCAUCGCCACUCGACAUCAGAAAUCAUGUUUCACAACGAGGAGUCCGGAGACAUUGUCAGCUGGCUGACAAGGAGCACUGCAGCAUCCGGCGGGAGAUGUAUCAUCGCUUCAGGUUAUGCGGUAUACAACAUCCUUAAUCGAUACCACCCAGAAUCUAUACGCCAGCUUUCCCAGCCGAAAUGGGUAUUUGCAAACCAGGAAGGUUACCCGAGACCGAUUUUCUAUUACCACCGCAACAGAAUCAUGCUUAACUUCGGCCGAGUCCCUCUAAUCGGCAACGCGAUCCAUCCGCGCCCAGCUCAUCUACCGCGAAUCUCCAUGAAACAGCUCAAAGCGCUGGAAGACAUUGAACGCGCAGCUAGAAAGGUUCAGUUGGAGAUUGAAACGAGACCCGGUGAUAUUCACUUCAUUAACAAUCUCUUCAUUCUUCAUAAACGUGAUAGCUUCAGGGAUGGUGAUGAAGUUGCCGAGAAGAGACAUUUGGUCAGGAUGAGGCUUCGAGAUGAUGAGUUGGGAUGGGAUUUACCCGAGAGUCUGAGAAAGGAGUGGGCAGAUGCGUUUGGGGCAGGGUCGGAUAGGCUUUGGCAUGUUGACCCUAUGCCGGAAGGUUUCUUUCCUUUGAGAUCGUAUCCGAAUUAG